CUUUAAAUACGUAUGUCACAAAAGCUGCAGUCUUGCCGAGCAACUGUCUGCUGAGUACUUUCCUUCAACUGCUAAAACGAAUAAUCCUUUUGGCCUUUAUUGUUACUCCUGUUCCUCGAGACUAUUGAGCUAAUUACAAGGAAUAACUUUUUGCUAGCGCCGCCGCGACCGAAGCAAUGGCGGACGAGGAGGCUGGGGCUGGCGGCCCAGUUAAAGUGACGUUGGAGCAGCUUGGUGUUUCAACUGGGUUGGAGUACGAGGGGCAGCUCGAGUACGACAUCGGCAAUUUGUGCGCAUUCGACCCCGCCCCGCUGGACACCGCCCGCCUGCUGGUGGACCCGGAUGGCACCUGUGCGGAGAUGGCGCGAGGGAUAACACAGGCUGUUGUUACCCAGCUCUUCAACCUGCCCGCAGAGCCCAUCACAGGCGGCCGUCUGGCGGUGCUGCCCGCCCCCACCACCGCCCUGCCGCGCGCGCAGCCGGUGCCCAAGGCCAAGCCGCUCACCCGCUGGCAGCAGUUCGCAGCCAAGAAGGGCAUUGUGAAGCGCAAGCGCAGCAAGCUGGUGUACGACGACACGGUGGGCGAGUGGCGGCGGCGACACGGCUACAAGCGCGCGAAUGACGAUAACGACAUUCCCAUCAUUGAAGCCAAGGCCUCGGAUAAGCCCGGUGAGGACCCCUUCGCCGCGCUGGCGGCUGAGAAGCGCGAGCGCGUCAAGACCAACCGCGCCUCGCAGCUGGCCAACCUGAAGCAGGCCGCCAAGAAGGGCGGCGCCCUGCCGGCCUCGCUGCGGCUGGCGGCCACGCUGCCCGGGGAGGGCGGCAAGAAGGUUGGGAAGGGGGUGGACAAGUCGCUGCGGAGGAAGGAGCUGAAGGAGGAUAUCAAGUCCGCCUCCCGCCUCGCCGGCAUCUCCACCGCCUCCGUUGGCAAGUUCGACAAGCGGCUGGCGGGCGAGAAGGCGGGCGAGCGGGCGCCCCUGGGCAAGCGGCGGCACUUCCUGUCCGUCACCGACACCAAGGGCGAGCGCUCCAAGAUCAGCAGUCUCGCGGACAAGUUUCUUCGGGAGCGCUCCGAUGACGUUGUCGACAUCCGCAAGGCCAUGGGGCGCAUGGAGGCGGAGGCGCGGGAGGAGCGGCGCGACGCCAAACGGAAGCG